UUGAAUGAAGAAUGUACCUAUAUAAAAGCUAGCAUACUCCUACACGUUAUCACACUGAGGUUGGUUAGGUACAGUGCUUCUUCAAGAGAUCGUAGGAGAUUUUCAUCUAGCAACAUGUUGUCACUGAUUGUAUCUGUAGUUGUCCUGAGCGUGGCAUCAGUUAACGCGGGCUACCUAGGCGAGCCCCUUGUGGCGGCCCCCUUGCCAGUCUAUGGGGCCCACUACGCCCCUGCCCACUAUGGGCACGCCCCAAUCGUCAAGACAGUUUCAUCAGUGGCAGUUGCCCAUACACCGGUCGCCCAUUCUUACUCAAACACCUACAAAGUGUCGCACCCUGUGUUAAGGUGCCCUACCACCAUGCACCUAUCGUCAAGUACUCUGCACCCAUCAUUAAGACCUAUGCAGCACCUUACUACUCUGCCCAUGGACUUUAUGACUACCCAUAUGGGUAUGGACAUGGGUACGGUCAUGGGUAUGAUUAUCCACUCUUGUACUCGAAAUAUCUUCAUUGAUAAAGUCUUCUCCAUAUAUUGAAUAGAAUACUUGAAAUCCCAAUUUGUCUUCUUAAAUUGAACAAAAUACUCUAAAUAGACAGUGCACCAAAAAUUUAGCCAAUAUACUUUAUGAUUAUCCAGAUGGGAAAAAUGAACAUGGGCAUGUUGUACUCGAAAUAUCUCCAUUGAUAGAGUCUUCUCCGUAAGUUGAAUAGAAUACUCGAAAUGCUAGUUUGUUUUCUUAAGUUGAACAAAGUACUCUAAAUAGACAGUGCACCCAAAAUUUAGCCCACAUACUUUAUGAUUGAUUAUCCAGAUGGGUAUAAUGGACAUGAGUAUGUUGUACUCGAAAUAUCUCCAUUGAUAAAGUCUUCUCCAUAAGUUGAAUACUUGAAAUCCUAAUUUGUUUUUUAAAUUGAACAAAAUACUCUAAAUAGACAGUGCGCCCAAAAUUUAGCCCAUAUACUUUAUGAUUAUCCAGAUGGGUAUAAUGGACAUGGGUAUGUUGUACUCGAAAUAUCUCCAUUGAUAAUGUCUUCUUCAUAAGUUGAAUACUUGAAAUCCUAAUUUGUUUUUUAAAUUGAACAAAAUACUCUAAAUAGACAGUGCGCCCAAAAUUUAGCCCAUAUACUUUAUGAUUAUCCAGAUGGGUAUAAUGGACAUGGGUAUGUUGUAUUCGAAAUAUCUCCAUUGAUAAAGUCUUCUCCUUAAGUUGAACAGGAUACUUGAAAUCUUAAUUUGUCUUCUUUAAUUCAACUACUCUAAAUAGACAGUGCACCCAAAAUUUUGCCCAUGGAUUCUAUGACUAUCCCCAUGGGUAUGAUUAAAAUAUCUUGACUAAUUUGUUCUUAUGAAUCGGACAGAACUCAUUAAUGUGGUAAUAUCUUCUUUAUAAGUUGAACUAAAUUGUACUAAGAAUUAACAUUUCACCCAUUAAUCUACCCAUGGACUUCAUGACUACACCUAUGGAUAUAAACAUGGGUAUGAUUUAUGUGUUCUUUUGUACUCAAAAUAUCCUCAUUGAUGUAGUAACGUGGGCAUAGAAGGAAAAUCCAUAGAAGUAGAUUUCUCAGGAAAUCAAUUUCUAAUUUCCAACAUCAAUCAUAAUAUCCUUAUUUAUAUUGUGAUUUUUCACAAAAUGAUGUCAUAAUGCAAAAAAUUAAGUAUUCUUUAUUUGUUUGAUAAUCAUUUAUCAACAUUCAUAGUUUAUAGAAUUAAUUAGAAAAUUAUAAGAAAUCAAAGUUUGGAGAAAUUGGACAUAGUGCAUUUUCCUUGUAUGCCCACGUAAUGUCUUCAUUUAAGUUAAACAAAAUACUCAGACUCACACUGAAACCACUAAAACACCGAACUUGUUUCUCGGCAAUUUGUUGUACAUGGGAAUGAUUAUCCUAUGCUGUAAUCGAAAAAUCUCCAUUAGGCUAGUGUCUUCAUCAGUUGGAUAAAGACUCAGAAUCUACACUGCAUUCAGUACUCUAAACGCGGACAUUUUAUGACUACGGUACCCUUAUGGGUAUGACCAAAGACAAUAUUAAGGUGCGUACAGAUUUACGCGCCGCGAGCAUGAGCAAUUCACUUUUAAUCAGCUGAUUAUAUCUGUAUUUUUACAGAAACGGUAAGAUACAGAUAUAAAAAGCUUGGCAUCAGCUGAUUAAAAGUAAUUGCUCAUGUUCGCGGCGCGUAAAUCUGUACGCACCUUUAGAAUUUGUUCAUGCCAAGUAGGAUUCUUAUUGUUCAAUAUAGUAUUGAAAUUCUGGAUAAAGGGGUGAUGAUAUACGAGUCUUUGUGAAAAAUAAUAAAUUUCAUUGGCAUAACUCAAUAACAUGCAGUUGAAUACAGAUUAAUUACAGCCUUAGAUACUCCAAGUGACUAUAUACUGGGUUAGUGGAUGUAUGAAGGGUAUUACAAUCGUAUUAAAACUAUUGUUUAAUUAACGACUUAAUUUCAUGAUUAUAAUAAGAGUUACCAUUAGGAUAUGAGAUACUGUGAAAUAGGUUUAAGGCUUGAUUCAUGAUUGAUAUUUCAAAAGCCAUACUCAAUAAUUAUUGUUAUUUCAAAUAAUAUAAUCAGGUAUUCUGAAAAUUAUCAAGCUCACAUAUCUCUACUGUACUCUCGCAUACUGUUAUUAUGGACCUUGGAGCUCAAUUCAUUAAUAAUAUGUAAGCUAAAGAAAUAUUAUUAGUUUGAUGCUCAAGAUAUCAAUAUGAAAGCCUAAGCAAUAUAUUGUCCGAGAACUGUGUAUGAUGUUUAGAAUCUAUUUUUAUAUUUUUGUAGCAAUUACUUGCGAUGUAUGAAUGUUGAUGUGACAAUAAAAAAUGACUGAUUGAUUUCGUU